CCUUGGGAGCAGCCGGCGGCUGCAAAGCGGGGAAAGGGGAGGGUCCAGAGCGCUCGACGGGCGCGCUGAACCGGGCACGGAGCAGGGCUGGCGUCGGUCACAACAGAGCCGAGCCUCCCGCCGCCCGCGCUGCUGCGGCAUGUCUGAGGCUGGUGCGGCCGGGCUUGGAGCUACCGCUGCAGCUGCAGCGGCAGCAGGAACAAGCCUCGGGGGCAACGGCGGCGGGGCCGGAGCACUGCAGCAGGGUUCCCCGGCCGCUGGAGGGUUGCCUGCUUGUGGUCCCGCCCGAGCUGUUAUCGCUGCUGCGGCAGCUGCUACUGCUGAGAGCCCUGCAGGAGGAGGCAGUGGAGGUGGUAGUAGCAGCAGCGGCGGGGGGCUCGGCUCGGCUCGUAUCGCGGGGAAGAAGGCACAGCUUCGCUCUGCACCCCGCGCCAAGAAGCUAGAGAAGCUGGGAGUUUACUCUGCCUGCAAGGCAGAGGAUUCUUGUAAAUGUAAUGGCUGGAAAAACCCUAACCCACCUCCUACUCCACCCAGGGUAGACUUGCAGCAGUCUGUUGUAAGCCUUAGUGAACCGUGUCGUAGUUGUAAUCAUGCACUAGCUGCUCAUGUUUCCCAUUUGGAGAAUGUCUCAGAAGAAGAAAUGAACAGGCUGUUGGGAAUUGUGUUGGAUGUUGAGUAUCUCUUCACCUGUGUUCACAAAGAAGAAGAUGCAGAUACCAAGCAGGUUUAUUUCUACUUAUUCAAGCUUUUGAGGAAGUGUAUAUUACAUAUGGGAAAACCUGUUGUGGAAGGAUCUCUGGAAAGUCCCCCAUUUGAGAAACCUAGUAUUGAACAGGGAGUUAAUAAUUUUGUACAAUACAAAUUUAGUCAUCUCCCAUCAAAAGAGAGACAAACCAUAGUAGAAUUGGCUAAAAUGUUUCUCAAUCGCAUCAAUUACUGGCACUUGGAAACACCUUCCCAGUGGCGACUGAGGUCCCCUAAUGACGACAUUGCUGGCUAUAAAAUAAACUACACAAGGUGGCUGUGUUACUGCAAUGUCCCCCAGUUUUGUGACAGUCUACCUCAAUAUGAAACCACACAAAUUUUUGGGAGAACAUUGCUGCGCUCUGUUUUUACCGUUAUGAGACGGCAACUUCUUGAACAUGCAAGACAGGAAAAGGACAAACUUCCUCUUGAGAAACGAACACUAAUCCUAACACAUUUUCCCAAGUUCCUGUCCAUGUUGGAGGAAGAGGUAUACAGUCAAAAUUCUCCUAUCUGGGAUCCAGAUUUCAUAACUUCCACUUCUCGAAGCAGCCAACUAGGCAUCCAAACAGUUAUUAACCAUCCGCCUAUGGUGAGAUCUGUUUCAUAUAGUUCAAGUCCCUCAUCUUUGGAACAACCCAGUGGAGGAACCAUGAGUCCUGCUUCCAAAUCUGCUUCUGGCCAGGACCAAAACCUAGGAGAAAAAAGAAAAAACAAUGAAGGUUUUUCUGCGGAGAAUGCUAAGAAGCCACGGGUUAUAGGAGAUAUUCCUGUUGAAUUGAUCAAUGAAGUGAUGUCAACUAUUACAGAUCCAACAGCAGUGCUUGGUCCAGAGCAGACUAAUUUUCUGUCCGCACACUCAGCCCGGGAUGAAGCUGCAAGAUUGGAAGAGCGUAGGGGAGUGAUUGAAUUUCAUGUGGUUGGAAAUUCCUUAAAUCAAAAACCAAAUAAAAAAAUUAUGAUGUGGCUGGUUGGCUUACAAAAUGUAUUCUCACAUCAGCUACCCAGAAUGCCAAAAGAGUAUAUUACUCGUCUAGUCUUUGAUCCGAAACACAAGACCCUUGCAUUAAUAAAGGAUGGUCGUGUGAUUGGUGGUAUCUGUUUCCGGAUGUUCCUAUCUCAAGGAUUUACGGAAAUAGUUUUCUGUGCUGUGACUUCUAAUGAACAAGUCAAGGGUUAUGGAACACACUUAAUGAAUCAUCUUAAAGAAUAUCACAUUAAGCAUAAUAUUCUCAAUUUCCUUACAUAUGCUGAUGAAUAUGCAAUUGGCUACUUCAAGAAACAAGGCUUUUCAAAAGAUAUUAAAGUACCAAAAGCAAAAUAUGUAGGCUUUAUCAAGGACUAUGAAGGAGCAACUUUAAUGGGAUGUGAAUUGAAUCCAAGAAUCCCAUACACUGAAUUCUCAGUCAUCAUUAAGAAACAAAAAGAGAUCAUUAAAAAAUUAAUUGAAAGGAAGCAAGCACAGAUUCAGAAAGUUUAUCCUGGCCUUUCUUGUUUCAAAGAUGGAGUACGACAGAUUCCAAUAGAAAGUAUUCCUGGAAUUAGAGAGACUGGCUGGAAACCAAGUAAUAAAGAGAAGAGUAAAGAAACCAAAGAUCUGGAUCAACUUUACAGCACACUAAAAAACAUUCUACAGCAGGUCAAGAGCCACCAAAGUGCUUGGCCUUUCAUGGAACCAGUGAAGAGAACAGAGGCUCCUGGAUAUUAUGAAGUUAUAAGGUUUCCUAUGGAUCUGAAAACUAUGAGUGAACGACUGAAGAACAGAUACUACGUAUCUAAGAAAUUAUUCAUGGCAGAUAUGCAGCGAGUGUUUACUAACUGCAGAGAGUACAACCCCCCCGAAAGUGAAUAUUAUAAAUGUGCCAAUAUACUGGAGAAAUUCUUCUACACAAAAAUUAAAGAAGCUGGAUUAAUCGACAAAUAGUUUUCUUCUCAUACAAUUAAGAUGCCUAAUGUAACAGCAAAAUAUGCAGUUCUUUCACUAGAUUUGAAACUUGUUUGUAAAAUAAAACUUUCUUAACUAGCACUUUUAAACAUGUACUAUAGAAGAGUUUAUUUUAUUAAAGUAUUUUUAAAUGUACACUUGCAUGACCUUUUGCGGUGUAUUCAAUUUUUAUUAGAUGUAUUGCACAAACUGUUUGGACAUUUGGAAAGGGUAAAUUUCCAAGCAGUGAAUGUUUAAGCUUAAUGUAUCAGAUUGAAAAAUGGAUUAUUUUUACAGCAAAGAUGUUAAUGAAGGGGGAAAUGAAUUAUAUAUUAUGAAUUAUAUAUAUAAUAUAUAAUGCUAAUACAUAUACAAUGAAUAUUUUAUUUUCACACACACAAACACAAAUAUAUACACAUACAUACACAUCCCGAGAUAAAACAUUCACUAAGAGAAGGUGCUUAAGCUAUAAGAAAGGAAUUCCAUUAGGUGGAAGCUUAAUUUCUUCUGUGAAUUUGUUUCUCAGAAUGAAGGCAAAUACACAGGUCCCAGGAUGUCGCAGGAUCCAAUCUGAGGCAGUCACUGGGACCAGAGGUUUAGUGUUAGACUUGUACUGGACCCAUUUUCAGGGCUGAUGAUGGUCUCUAGUACAAGUCUGAAAGCUCGGAAGACUGGCCCAGAUUGGAGCUUGGUUCCUAAUAUUUGCAUUUCAAGGAAAGUGUAGCAUCAUUUUCACUUAGGUCAUGUUCUGAAAAGAACAUCAGACUUUGUGUUAAGCUCCUAACUGUUGCUUAGUCUUUUAGUAGAUUUAGAAAAGUACUAUUUCUACUAUUGAACCCAAUCUAGCAAUAGCUUUGUCUUUAUAAAUUUGUAUGGAUCUUUAUGCAUGAAAGCCAUUUUGCAAAAAUACAAUAGGUGCUGUAAUGAGUGGGUGGAAUGGACAAUAAUUUGAAUUUUCAUAUAGACAUUAGCCCCAAGUAUAUAAUUUAUGUUGAUAAAUGCGUAAUAACUAAAGCAUACAUCCCUAAACUAAACAAUGGGAUCAGUAAUACCUGAUUGAUAAACCAUAUUUAAAUCUCCCACUUAACUAUAACAGAGGCUGAUAUGUAUAGUUUUUCCAUAGCUAUCUGCAUUGUAAAGUAAUGGGAAACAUACUGAAAUCUGAAGGCACGACUAACUAGAUUUUAAGUGGUUAGCUCAGAAUUUGACUGCAUCCAGCCCAAUGCCACAUAGUGUACCACUUGCUUUGCGUCUUGCCAUAAAUAAAAUAAUUUUAUAAAAUCAACUUUGAGUAGAUUUUUAUCAACUUCUACUUGGACUAAUCAGUUUUUUAAAAUUAGGAACUUGAAUUUUAUUAAUUCCAUAUAUAUUUGAGCUACUUCUUACAUUAUACAUAAAAAAUAAACUUCAUUUGAUAUCAUUAGUUAUUAGGGAAGCCAUACUCAUUAACCACUCAGUUCUACAAUGUAUCUCAACACUGGAGGGGAAAGCAAGAUACCCCUAGUAUGUUUAUGUAUGUGUGUGUGUACACACACACACACACACACACAGUUAAUGCUGAAAUAUUUCACUAGUAAACUUGUAGAAAGUAAUAAAAGACAUUACAAAGGAGGUUUUUUGGCACAAUGCCUGUAGUAAUGUUUU